AUGGAUCUCAACCUAGGUCAGCGGGAGGUGAUCUCGGCCAUGCGGGCAGCUCAUCCCGAGAUGGGGCUGAAGAGGCUGACAACAGAGGUCAACAAAGUCCUGCCGUCGAAGAUGGAGGUGGAGAAGUCCAAGCUACGCGACUUUCUCCGAUCCCGCGAUGAGCCCGCCAACGCUCCCGUGGCCGACACCAAGCCUCGUGACGACGAUUUCAUAACUCAUAUGGCGUGCCCGAUUUUCCACCACCUUCGCGAGGCCGAGCGAGAAUACCUGCUCAAUCUGGACAACGCUUCCAUCAUCGCAACCAGCCCUCCCCACAGCGACUCGGGGGGAAGAUGUCACCCUGUUGCUCAUCUCCGCCACCACCUGGUGGUCCUCCUGGUCCUCCUGGGAUUCCGCCCGUGCGCCCUGUUUCUGAGCACCAAAGUUGAGGGAAUCGCCACGAUGAGCGAGAUGGUCCUGCGCUGCCUCGUUCCACUGAUGGAGAAGUUUGAUUUGGAGUCGUACGGAUUCAAGCUGCUGUACGUCGCGACCAACCCCAGGACCCACAAUCAGCGCUUUCGCGGCUUCAGGGGCACCUGGGUCCUAGCCGACACCCGGCACCCAGGCUGGAUCGUCGUGCGCGAGAUGUUCGUCGCGCCGCCCAGGGCGCCCAUCCCCCCCAGGAUGAUGUGCAUCGCCCUCGGGUACCCCACGCACGACCGGCCCGAGGACGGGGACGACGAGUUCUACAACAAGGUGGAGAUCCUGGACGCCACCGAGCACGCGCUCCUGAAGGACUCCUUCAGCCAGGGGGUGUGCAGGGUCUGCGUGCUCAAGAUCUUCUGCGGCCAGGGCAGCGAGACGGACUGGGAGAGGAUCGUCCGGUAUUUUGGCGCGUGUGGGGAGCUGGCGGAGAAGCACGUCGGGACCAAGCUGAGCCUCGACCUGAGCGAGCACGAGCGCAUGCGCGUGUGGUGUUACAUGACUGGAAGGCUGGAGCAGUCGCAGACCGUGAUUGGAGAGUAG